AUGGCCCUGGGCUUCAUGGUCCUGCUCCUGGUGGGGAUGCUGGAGACAGCUUCCAGGGCUGUGCCUGUGCUGACCCAGCCAACCUUCAUGUUGGUGCUGCCCGGGCAGACUGCUCGGCUGUUCUGCACCCUGAGCCCCCAGUACAACAUCAGUGACUUCGGCAUCUCCUGGUUCCAGCAGCGCCCGGGGCACAACUUGACAUAUCUGCUCUAUUACAACUCUGAGCGAGAGAAGCACAAGGCCACCAAGACUCCCGACCGCUUCUCUGCUACCAAAGACAUCGCCAGCAAUGCCUGCAUCCUCACCAUCACAUCCAUCUGUGAUGAAGACAGUGGCAACUAUUACUGCUCCCUGUCAACUGCCUUCAGCUGGUUUUAG